AUGACUAAAUUGACUCUUUUAGCAGGGCUGGGCUUCCUGCUAACAUUUCAGAUUGUGGCCUCUGCAAAACUGGUGUGCUACGUAACAAACUGGUCCCAGUACAGACCUGGCAAUGGGAAGUUCACCCCAGAGAAUGUUGAUCCCUUCCUCUGCACCCAUGUGGUAUAUGCUCUGGCCACCAUCAGCCCCUCCAAUGAAAUCACGACCAUUGAAUGGAACGAUGAUAUCAUGUACAAGUCACUAAAUAGCCUGAAAAAUGUAAAUCCCACACUGAAGACGAUGCUGUCUGUUGGAGGUUUGACAAAUGGAAUCAGCCCAUUUAUUAAAAUGGUAUCGACUCCAGAAAACCGCAAGACUUUCAUCCGCUCUGCAAUGUUGUUCCUGCGUGCCAAUGACUUCGACGGCUUGGAUCUAGACUGGGAGUAUCCUGGACAGAAUGGAAGCCCUCCUGAGGACAAGCAGAGGUUUACCACAUUUAUCAAGGAACUGAGGCAAGCUAUCGAAAAGGAAGCAUUGGACACAAAGAAAACACCUCUGAUUCUUUCUUCUAAGGUUGCUGCCGUAAAGUCAACUAUUGAAAGGGGUUAUGAGAUCGCUGAAGUUGCAGGUCAGCUGGACUUCCUGACUGUCUUGACCUACGACUAUCAUGGACACUGGGAUAAAGUGACAGGACACAACAGUCCCCUUUAUAAGAACUCUUUGGACAGCGGAAACAGCCUUGAGCUCAACAUUAACGCCUCUGUGACAUACUGGCUGAAAGGUGGAGCUCUUGCUGAAAGACUCCUCAUUAGCUUCCCCACAUUUGGACGCACAUUCUUGCUGUCGACCUCGAAUACAGGCCUUGGUGCUCCAGCCAGCGGCCCCGCAGAUGGUGGUCCCUACACACGUGAUGCAGGAUACUGGUCCUAUUAUGAGAUCUGCCCCAUGGAAUCAACUAACCAGGUGGAAUGGAUUGAUGAACAGAAGGUCCCAUAUUUGGUUCAAGGAAAGGCCUGGGUGGGCUACGACAACCGUGAAAGCUUUACUGCUAAGGUGCAGUGGCUUAACUCCUUAAAUCUGGGCGGAGCCUCAGUGUGGACCUUAGAUCUGGAUGAUUUUACAGGGAGUUUCUGUACCCAAGGAGCUUACCCACUUGUCAACCAUUUGCGUAACUCUCUAGGUUUUGGUCCCAAGCCCACCACUACACCACGUCCCACCACAACCGCAGAUCCCGUGAACUCAUUCUGUGUCGGUAAACCAGAUGGAUUGUACCCCAACCCUGCUGAUAAGACAACUUACUUCCAUUGUUUCCGUGGAAACACAUACCUGCAGAAAUGCCAGCCAGGUCUGGUCUAUGUUGACGCUUGUAAAUGUUGCAACUGGCCAUAAACAGAUUAACAAUCAAUAUCUAGUGUUGCCAAAUCCUCCAAAAACCUCUUUUACGCUUUCAAUAAAAUAUUUAUAGCAGUCAUAUUUUCUUCAAACACAAGCUGAUCAUCUGUAAUAAAACCAUAGUAAAGAAAUGUAUACUUGCUUGUAUUAACCUUUAGAAACUGUCUGACAGUCUUAAUAAAGUGAUGCAAACAUAAUGUGUGCAGGUUUCUCAGAUUUUAUGAACUUUCUUUCCAUGAGAACUUUGGCUUAAGUAACAACACAAA